UGGUAUUCUAAAAUUCUAAUCAUAUUCAUAUUAUGCCCAUUGGAUGGAAUAUUCCAGACAUCUUCAAGUUCCUAACUUUGGUUUUCUGAUCUUUUGGAGAUUCUCAUUUCUCACCUCUCUCUCUUUGUGUCCGAUCAUGGCUGUCCCUGAGAAUGCUGGUGUCAAAGUUGACUCUUCUGGUGACAACAACAACACUGCUUCUCCAGCAGCAGAGACGAAGCCGUCGUGUCUUGACGAUCAGAGCCCAAUUGAGACUGCCGGAAAGGGUCGGAACCCAAAUGGUGAGAGGGAAAAGAGUGGAGGGUGUCUCAAGAACUUGGCUGAUGCGUUUUCUAAGCUCAACCCCAUGGCUAAGGAGUUUGUUCCUCCUCCUUAUCUGGCUCAAUCUGGGGUUUUGAGAAAUGGAUUUGCAGUGCAGCCUGUUCUUGCUGAUGGGAAUGAUCAUCUUCCUACAAGGAGAAGGAGCUUUGGGCAAGGGAAGAGAAGAAUGAACAAAAGAACCAGCUUGGCUCAGAAGGAAGAUGUCAUCAGGAGAACUGUCUAUGUCUCCCACAUCGAUCAACUGGUUACCGAGGAGAACCUUGCUGGUGUAUUUGCUUUUUGUGGACAGGUUGUUGAUUGUCGUGUAUGCGGUUACCCAAAUUCUCUCCUUCGUUUCGCUUUUGUUGAAUUCACCAAUGAAGAGGGAGCUAGGGCUGCUUUGAGCAUGUCAGGGACAGUGCUUGGUUUUUACCCUCUCAAGGUGCUUCCCUCCAAAACCGCUAUCGCCCCUGUUAACCCCACUUUCCUUCCCCGGUCCGAGGAUGAGCGUGCGAUGUGCAUGAGGACUGUUUACUGUACCAACAUUGACAAGCGGAUUAGUCAAACUGACUUGAAAGGCUUCUUUGAAAUGUUUUGUGGAGAGGUUCACCGUCUGAGGCUUGGAGACUAUCACCACCAUAGCCGCAUCUCUUUUGUUGAGUUUUCCAAUGCUGAAAGUGCAAUUCGUGCUCUUAACUGCAGUGGCAUUUUCUUGGGUGCACUCCCAAUAAGGGUAAGUCCAUCAAAGACACCAGUAAGGCCGCACUAUCCUCUCGCUGAGAGCAAAUGAAAUGUUGGCAAAGCUCUUGCUGGAGAUCCCCAAAAACAUAUAUAUAGAAAAGGAGGGAGAAGAAGUCUAAAGAAGAGAGAAGAAUAAGAAGGUAUUUGAGGCGUUUUUGUGUUUAUAAUAUCAAAAUCUGUUUUAGUCUAUUUUACUUUUGAAGUUUGCGUCGCAGUCAGCAGAACCUGCCCGGUAUCUUUGAACCUACUUUUAAGAACUUUGGUCUUUAACUAUCUCGUUUCUAUACUCUUUAAAAACAAAGAUUCUUCCUGCGGUGUUGUUAUUCUUGAAAUACCCUUUUGGAUAUGAAAUAGUUAAUACAAUUGGAGCAGUUCACUG